AUGUCUGGUAAAAAAACAAAUCAAGAUAGUACAAAAGGUUUAGAAUAUAAAAAUUUAAUUAAAGAAAAAAUAUUAAAACCAUCAAAAUCAAAUGAAUUCCAAUUCUUAAGAAAACAUCAUUCUCAUCUUGUUAUUAGAGACUCAAAUUAUUUUAAUAAAAAUCCAACUUGUUUUAUAGCUUGUGCUUCAUGUCAUAGAGGUCGUGUUUUGAAAAUAUCAUAUAUUCAAGAAAAAGUUAAUAUUGAUAUCCUGAAUGAAAUAUAUACAAUUAUAGGUGCUAAUCCAUGUUCAAAGAAGAGAGCUAAAUCAAAUGUUAAUGCCAAUAAUGCCAAUGUCAAUGCUAAUGUCAAUACCAUAAAUCCACCAGCUCCAGUGAUUACCAAUACAUUGACAAAUCCUUCAUUAUCAGUACCUACAAGUACAAAUAAAUUGAAUCAUAUAAACAAUGUUCUUUCAUUAAAUAAUGAUGAAAAUGAAGUACAAAAGAAAUUAAAAUUAUCAAAUCCUAUCAGUAUACCAAAAUUUGAAGAAUUUUUCCAAGAUAUAGAUCUUAUAGAUCUAAGUUCAAAUCCUUUAAAUUUUAAAUUACCAAUCAAUUCAAUUAAUUCAUUUGCAAAUAUAACAAAUUCAUCAUUAAUUUCUAUUCAAAAGGGGGAUAUAAAUUUCCCAUCUUCAUUAGAUUUACUUUUAUCAUUAUCAUUAAAUCAAAAAUAUCCAAAUUUUCAAACAAAAGAUACUUUAAUAAUACCAUUACCCGUGCUAUCAAAUACAAAAUUUCAUACUACAUUUGAUGAAUCGUUAUAUUUACAAGAUUUAAAUUUACAAGAUUCAAUAAAUUUAAGAAUUUCAAAUUUUAUAAAUAGUGAGAAUUUUACAAAUUUAAAUAAUUUAAAAAUUUUUGUAUUAAUUGUUACAUUUCAAGAAGGUCAACCAACAUCACCACAAGAAGAUCAAACUCAUAAAUAUGUUGGUAAAAUUAUAUUAUAUUCAGAUUUUAUAAAUAAUGAAUUAAUGAAUAAUCAAUUAAUUUAUCAAACUAAAAAAUUUUUCUUAAAUCAUGAUUAUACAUUUAUUGAUUCAAAAUUUGAAUGGUAUCAAACAAAUUUUUUACAAAAAAUUUUAAUUCAACCUUUACAAAAACAAUUAUUUAACAAAUAUAAAUAUCCAAUAAUGGGAGAAACAAUAUCAACAGAUGUUUUCAUUAAUACAUCAAUGUCAAUAAAUGUUCCAUAUAUUAUAAAUGCAUCAUUUUAUCAAAUUAAUUAUUCAAAUUCUUUAUUUAUUGUUGUUUUUUUAAUUAAUAAAAUUUUAAAAAAAUUUAUUCAUGAUUUAAAAUUAGAAAAUUUAAAUGAAAUUAAUAUUAUGAAUAGUUUACAAGGUAUUGAAUAUAAUAAUCAAUUUAAUAUUUAUACAUUAAAAUUAGUUUUAGAUAAUUUGAAUGAACUUUAUAAUAAAAUAUAA